AUGGGUGACAAUAAUAAAAAAAUUUCUUUUUCAUUUUCUAAAACGAAAAAACCAUCCAUAGCUAAAGUUUCUAAUGUUGAAGAAAAGGAAAAAAUAGAAUAUAUCAGUUGUUUUGAUAAAAAAAAAGAUGCAAUUAAAGAAAGAAAUGAAAAAUCAAAAAAAAGUAUGUUAGUUAUACCAAUGAUUAGUUCUAACACAUUUAAUGGAAUUUCAGCUAAGCUUGAAAAAAAAAAUGAACAAAAUAAAAAUGUUAAAUGCAGCGAAGAUAAUAAAGAUAAUUCUAAUAGAAAUGGUCAUUCACAAGAUAAUAAGACAGACAAACAAAUGACUGCUGAUGAAAUUGCAGCCGCUGAAAUCCUGAGCAGUAUAAAAAAUUCUAAUGAAGAUAAAAAAAAUUGUAGCGAUUUUGUUAUAGCUCAAACAUCAAAAUCGGAAUUAGAAUUGAGUAAUGAAUCUACUAUAGAUUAUGACCAAGUUCCAGUCAGUGAAUUUGGUUUUGCAAUGUUAAGGGGUAUGGGAUGGAAAGAAAAUGCUGGUAUAGGAAAAGAACCCAGGACAGUUUCAACAGUUUCACCUAAAUUAAGGCCCAAAGGUUUGGGUUUAGGAGCAAAAUAUAAACCCGAGUCAGAUAAUCAAGAAAUUAAAAAAAAAAAAGUGAGUAUCGUUCACUGUCUUUUAUUCUUUUAA